AUGGCCGGAGCUGAGGGGCCUGCUGGGCGGCAGUCGGAGCUGGAGCCUGUGGUAUCGUUGGUCGACGUACUUGAGGAGGACGAGGAGCUGGAGAAUGAGGCGUGCGCAGUACUGGGCGGCAGCGACUCCGAGAAGUGCUCCUAUUCGCAGGGCUUAGUAAAGAGACAAGCACUAUAUGCCUGUAGUACCUGCACCCCAGAGGGAGAAGAACCAGCUGGAAUUUGCCUAGCUUGCAGUUAUGAAUGUCAUGGAAGUCAUAAACUAUUUGAGCUAUACACAAAAAGAAAUUUUCGUUGUGAUUGUGGAAACAGCAAGUUUAAAACUUUGGAAUGCAAAUUAUUUCCUGAUAAAGCAAAAGUAAAUUCAGGCAAUAAGUACAAUGACAACUUUUUUGGAUUGUACUGUAUUUGCAAGAGACCUUAUCCUGAUCCUGAAGAUGAGAUUCCAGAUGAGAUGAUCCAGUGUGUAGUCUGUGAAGAUUGGUUCCAUGGAAGGCAUCUUGGUGCCAUUCCCCCCGAGAGUGGGGAUUUCCAGGAGAUGGUGUGCCAGGCUUGUAUGGAACACUGCUCUUUCUUGUGGACUUAUGCUGCACAAUUGGCAGUGACCAAAAUAUCUGCCGACGAUGAUGGGUUGGUACUGAAUGGGGAUGGAAUGGGUGAUAAGGAAGUUAUCAAAACUGAAAAUGGAGGUCAUCAAAAUAGUAUCCUCAAAGAGGAUGUCCCAGAAGAUGGAAAAGAUGCCAUCAAGGAAGUUAAAUCAGAGCAGAAUAAUGAACCAUGUACCAGCUCUAGUUCUGAAUCUGAUCUCCAGACAGCAUUUAAGAAUCAAAGUCUCAACACAGAAUCAGAAUCCGGCUGCAAACUUCAGGCACUUAAAGCUAAGCAAUUUGUAAAGAAAGACACUGCCACCUAUUGGCCCCUGAACUGGCGUAGCAAGUUAUGUACCUGCAAAGACUGUAUGAAAAUGUAUGGAGAUCUAGAUGUCCUGUUCCUGACAGAUGAAUAUGACACAGUCCUGGCUUAUGAAAACAAAGGCAAGAUUGACCAGGCAACUGACAGGAGAGACCCUUUAAUGGAUACCCUUAACAGCAUGAAUAGAGUGCAACAAGUGGAACUUAUUUGUGAAUACAAUGACUUGAAGACUGAGCUUAAAGACUAUCUCAAGAGAUUUGCUGAUGAAGGAACGGUUGUUAAGAGAGAAGACAUCCAGCAGUUCUUUGAAGAAUUUCAGUCAAAAAAGAGAAGAAGAGUGGAUGGGGUGCAGUAUUAUUGCAGCUAGAAUGGAGCAUGAGCCUGCUCUUUCAGGCCAAUGAAAAUGCCACUUACUAUUCCGGGAAUAAAAGAGGCAUGUUUCACAUUUGGUCCACUUUCCAUCCUCCCCUCUUCCAAGAGGCCUCCUCCUCCAGCCUUGUGCUUCCCUCCUUCCCCGUAACUUGCGUAGCCACAGUGUUGAUGCUGAUUUCACAGCCAGCAUUCUCAUUAAUGACUCAGCUAAAUGCAACAUACUCCACAAACUCUAGACGCCCCCCCUUACUCCGAUACACCCGUUGGUUAUUUGCUUUUAAGUUUUAAGAAGUUUGCUUUGAUUUUAAGAAAUUAAAUUGGUUUCUUUAACUCCUUACUAUGUCUACUUUGCCACAGAGCUAUUGUAUUCCAAGACCCGCUUUGUGGGGCAUUGCGGACGGCUCUCUUCUGUAAGCUAGGACCCGACCCCUCUGGGUUCCCCACCCUAUGAGAGUGGUGCUUUGGGUCAGAGCUUCCUGAAGCCUGGUCUGCUCCUUCCCCCACAUCCCUGCUUUUUGAGGGUUGGUGAUGGCUGAGAAAGGGACCUUUGAAGUAUUUUCUUCUGGGCCUCCCCUCCCAAAUGGCCACGCCAAUGGAUUUCUGACCUGGAUGUCUGGCACAGGCAGGGAGAUGGGAUGAUGGCAGAAUUGAGGAAACAACCUUUGUUAUGAUUUUUACUAGUGAAUUUAAAGUGACAUGUUCAUUCACAAUUCUGCUGGCACUAGAAUAUUAGAAUUUCUGUACUAUAGCGCUCACAGGGCUUCCUGGAGAAAAUUGGCCAGUAUACUAGUCCCUUUUCUGCUGCCUAGUGAAAUAGACCAGGUACUACCCCUGUAAAAAUCUUGGUGGUUUACAAAGUCUUUUGGAUUUCUUUAUACUAUCAGGGAUAUUCAUAUGCAUAUAUUAAAAACAAACCUAUUUUGAUAUUGUUCUGUUAUGAAAAUGUUAUUAGAACCUCAAUAAAUUAUUUUUUCCCCUUAAAUCUGUACUUAAGAAAAAAAACAUACUGACUUGGCUCAAGCAAGCAGGGAAGCACUUGCCGUUUUGGAAGAGGCUGGCUCUGGAAGAGAUUCCGAACAAGGUCCUAGGCUGCAUGAAUGAUGAGUUUUAUGUAUAUAAACUUUAUGUCCACAGCUGGUUCCUUAAUGACUAUGAAAUCUUCUUUUGAAGAUACCCAAGGAAUAUUGUAUAAAGCCCCAUAUUUGAGGAGAAGUCCUUUUAGUUGGUGUGAAAUCUCCUUAAAGGCCCCCAGUCUAUGUGGAAAAUACCCUUUGAUAAAUGCAGAGCAUUCAGUUGUUCUUUCCCUCUGGAGCAAUGAGGUCUUUCCUGACAAUAGAUGGCACAUUUUGAGGUAUGUGACCAUAAGCAUUUUAAGCUUUGGGGCCAGUAUUCGUUUGUGUGCCUGGCAGUCACCAUGUAUAUGAUGGCCUACCAAUACCUGGACAAGAUGAACCUGACUUAAAAAAAAGCCAAGGUCUCAAAGAAAUGGUAUACCCACUAAACUGCCUAAUUACAGAUAUGGAUCCUCAUGAAGAUGUGUGGAGCCAGAAGGUCUGUGGCAGCUGGAGGUGCUUGUGUGCCCCAAGCUGGCCUUGUAGAGAAGCUGGGUUAAAAAGCUCAGGGUGUUUUUGAGAUUGUUUACAAUCAACAGCUUGGGAACUUUUUUCUAAGUCUGAGGAUUUUUUGAACUCCUGCACAGUUGCACUAUUUGUGUACCAUUGUGGCCUAAAAGUUUAUACAGUCUGAAAUUUCUGAUUUAGCUACCAGAAAGUUCUUUAUUUCCUCUCAUAGGUCAGGACCAAGUUUCACAGGUGAUGUAUUACAGUGCAGCACAUAACUGCAGAUCACCCCAGUGCUGAAGGGCUUGUUUUAUGAAAGGUACUGUUCCUUCUUUACAUUACAUUAACCAGGAAACCUUUCUUACCUGUUGUUCAUAACUAGUUUUCUUAUUGACUGUGUUGGACCAUCUCUUCUUGUAGAGACUGAUUUUGGCCAUUAUGAGGCAGUUGAUACUAAUGCAUGUUUUAUGCAAAACAAGAAUAUGAUAUUAGUUGCUUUUAAGGAAUUCUGGCAUCGUAUGAGCAUUUUUGUAGAAACUGUUAUUGAACUUAUAACUACAUACUUAACUCCAAUCAGGUUUCUGUAAAAAUUGAAAUAAAACCAAUUCAAAAUAGUGA